CCACCGUUUAUCUUUCCCCACGAGCAUCCGUAUCUCUCGACCAACCUAAAAACAAAAGAUAAAGCCUUAUAUAUAACCAGCUGCAGCUCACAGCAGCAAAAUCGGGCGGCCAACGUAAACCCUAAUUUCCCAGAGGUAAGAAGAAGAAAAAGAAGAAAUGGCGGUGCCACUUUUAAGUAAGAAGAUCGUGAAGAAGAGGGUCAAGAAGUUCAAGAGACCCCAAAGCGAUCGCAAAAUCUCCGUCAAGACAAACUGGCGUAGACCGAAGGGUAUUGAUUCUCGUGUAAGAAGAAAGUUCAAGGGAUGUACUUUGAUGCCCAACAUUGGUUAUGGUUCAGACAAGAAGACUCGUCACUAUCUUCCGAAUGGCUUUAAGAAAUUUGUUGUGCACAAUGUUGGAGAGCUUGAACUCUUGAUGAUGCACCACAGGACGUACUGUGCUGAGAUUGCCCAUGAUGUUUCCACGAAGAAGAGAAAAGAGAUUGUGGAACGAGCGGCUCAGCUUGAUGUUGUCGUUACUAACAAGCUUGCCAGGUUGCGCAGCCAGGAGGAUGAAUGAAAGCAAAGUUUGUACUGGUUAUAUUUAUUGAUGAGCUCUGUUUGUUCAGGUUGGUUUUAAGUUUUUGGACAAUUUUGUUGUUUUAGAUGUCGAAUCAUGUUCUUCACUGUGAUUUUUGUUAGACAUCAGCGAGCUGAACAUUAUUAUAGUACAAUUCUAAAACAUUCUCGUGCUCUUAAAAACA